AUGACAAGAGAAUCAGAAUCACACUCAAAGUCGGCAGAUGAUCGAUCUUCGUCGUCUCCGACUUUGCUUCGGGAGAAAACACAACCAAGUCAAGCAGAAGCGGCAGAAGGGGGACCAGAGACAGCCAUGAUUGCACCCAAAACGGGAGGUCAAGACCCCGAGAAAGCCGUGAAUACCUACGACAGCGUUCCAGAAGAAAAUCUGGGGACGACCGCUCCGAAAACCACUGCAGUUUCACCAGAAAUCGCUGCGAAUCCUACUUCGAGGGGCAACUUCGACGAGGAAGAUAAGGAGUAUAUCAGCGGAUACAAGCUCUACGUCGCCCUCUUUGGCAUUAUCUCUGUUUUCUUCCUGGUUCUUUUAGAUUUCAGCAUUACCGCUACGUUCCUUUCCCUACUUCCCCAUAUCGAAUCCUUGUCGAGAGCCAAAAGUCUUUCAGGCGACUCUGCCCAACACCAGAUCAUCGACUCGAUGAUCCUCGAACAUAUCGGAUGCGCGGCUUUACAACCUCUUACCGGAAAACUCUACACCUACCUCAGCGCGAAGAAGACGUUCUUAUUCUUCUCCAUAAUCUUCGAGAUUGGCUCUCUGCUUUGCGCUGUCUCGACCUCCUCGUUGUUCUUCAUCUUUGGUCGCACCGUCGCCGGACUGGGAAGCUCGGGCUUGGAAAAUGGCGCCUUGACCCUCAUCGCAGGAGCGGUGCCUCUGAACAAGAGGCCCUUCUGUCAGACGGGUAUAGUUGUCGGGCCGCUGAUCGGUGGCGCCUUGACGCAAUACGUGAGCUGGCGAUGGUGUUUCUACAUCAACCUCCCCAUCGGCGCGGUAUCCGGCCUGUUUCUGUUGUUCACGCACAUCCCAGACGAGACGCUCAAACCACCCUUCUCGUUCGCCCUCCUCCGCAGCAUCGUUCCAGAGCUUGAUCUAACAGGCUUUGCGCUGUUCGCCCCGACCACCAUCAUGUUCCUUCUCGCGCUGGAAUGGGGAUCCUCUGAGUACGGGUGGAGCUCGCCCACCGUCAUAGGCUUAUUCGCCGGCUCUGGCGCGACCUUGAUCUUGUUCUUACUCUGGGAAUGGCGCGUAGGCGAGAGGGCCCUCAUACCCUUUCACCAACUGAAGCGACGGAUCAUAUGGGCAAGUAUCAUACAGAACACAACCCUGUUCGUCAACAACUUCGUCGGGGUUAACUACGUCCCCAUCUACUUCCAAGCUGUCAGGGGCGUCGGUCCCUCGCUAAGCGGUGUUUACACACUGCCCUCAAUCCUGAUGCAGUUGCUGUCCCUAAUCAUCACUGGAGCGCUUGCUUGGAUCGGACAUCAGAUAUUAUUCGGUUUGCGUGGGAUGGGACUACAGAUGGCUGUGAUUUCGAUACAGAAUGCCGUCACGCCAGCCCAGAGCCCGACCGUGAUCGCCUUCAGUGUAUUCAUGGAGAACCUGGUGGCGUCCAUCUUCACCAUUGUGGGCAACGCCAUCUUUACGCAGACCCUGACACGGCGAGUCUCGGUCCUGGCACCAUCAGUGAGCCCCAAGGCGGCGCUCGCAGUGGGUGGAGGCGCGGAGGCCGUGCGGGCCCUGCUGCCCCCCGGGAGUCCGGAGCUCUCCGGGUUGCUGCUCGCAUUCUCGGACAGCGUCAACGCCGUCUUCUACCUGUUGGCGGCGCUCGCCGGCGUAUCUUUCAUUGCGGCGUGGGGGAUGGGCUGGGUGGAUACACGAAAGAAGGCACCGCCGGAGACUGAGACAUAG